AUGGACUUCGCUGUAAAUCAACGUCGGUCAUAUGAUGGUAAUCUGUGUACGAUCCGUUACGUGGGUCAAGUCGAGGGAACCAGCGGCGACUGGCUGGGCGUGGAAUGGGAUAACCCAACACGGGGGAAACAUUCGGGCGAGCAUAAUGGAGUGAGAUAUUUUACAUGCAGGAAUAAAGAAGCUACGCCGGGGUCGUUUGUGCGUCCGUCUCGGCCGGCGGAUAAGCCUAGAGGGUUCCUCGAGGCGUUGAGGGAGAAAUAUGUCUCUGAAUUUAUGGAGCAGAAGGGUAGCGAUGGAUUUGAUGCUACUUACCCUCUUCAUUACCCUGUUAAGUUCAGUAGCAAGGUCGUUGAAGAAGUUGGUUUUGACAAGAUCAGGAAGAAGCUUGCCGAGUUGCAGGAGUUGAAGAUUGUCUUGCUGGAUGGAUUGCGUGUUGCUGGUGUACAGGCAGAGGAUGGGGUGCAAAAGAGUGAGGCAGAAGGUCUGGGGAGGGAGAGGGCAUGUCGCGAGAUUGAAGAGACUUGUCCGAAGAUCGCCCAGUUGGAUAUUAGUCGGUGCCUGGUCAGUCAAUGGAGAGACGUUAAGGAUAUAUGUGCCCGGCUUGAGAGGUUGAGGGUGUUGAAGUUGAAUGGGAAUCGAUUUGGGGCGGUUGAGGAGGGUCUUCGAUUUGAAGGGAUUGCGGAGUUGCAUCUGAAUGAGACUCUUCUCUCCUGGGAAGAGCUGUCGACAUUGUCCUAUCAAUUCCCAGCACUGAAAUCGUUGUCAGUCUCUAUGAAUCAAGUUAAUGAGGUGUCGACACCUAUUUCGGAGACCAUUACCACCUUAAUUUUGGAGCACAAUGAGAUUGACUCGUUGUUCUCCGUGAGAAAGCUUGCAGCUCUUCCCAAACUGAAAUAUCUUUCGCUACGCGGAAACUGCAUCGAGAAAAUUAGCCGCCCCAGUACAGCCGAAGACCCUAUUCAAUUCUCCUUCAGCCUCGAAUUCGUCGAUCUAUCAUACAACAAGAUCAAUUCAUGGUCAUUUAUCAAUGCACUUCCCCUCGUCUUCCCUGGACUACAAUCCCUCCGCAUAUCAGGAAAUCCUCUUUACAACCAACCAGUGGCGCCAACAGAAAUCACGAACAUGCCCGACAAGCCAAUGACCGUCGACGAAGCGUACAUGCUCACUCUCGCACGGCUGCCUUCGAUUCAAAUACUCAACUACGGAAACAUCACCCCGCAGGAUCGGAACAAUGGUGAAUUAUACUACCUUUCUCUCAUUGGCAAGGAGCUCUCUGCAUUACCGGAGGACGCAGAAAAGGGCAUCUUGGCAAAACAUCCUCGGUACGGGGAACUCUGCGAGAGACAUGGUGAACCGAUUGUCAGACGGGCAGAGGAGAAAUUAGGCCGUACGGUGAACCCCCGAUCUGUCGCGGCGCGGUUGGUCAAAUUGGUAUUCCGUUUAUCCUCACAAGAAGAAACCAUCAAAACCAAAGAAGUUCCACGUUCUUUCGAUACAUAUCAAGUCAAAGCUCUCGUCUCCCGCCUUUUCGGUCUGACACCGUUGGAGUUUCGGCUAACUUGGGAAACUGACGAGCUGGACCCAGUCAGCAAGGAAAAUAGGGAAGAAGAGGAGUGGGAUAGUGAGGAUGAGGAGAUGGAUAUCGGGAAUGCCACUGGAGAUGAGACGAGGUUUGUUAGGAGGGAGGUUGAGUUGGUGGAUUCUACGAGGGAUAUUGGGUUUUGGUUGCAGGAUCUUGAUGAGACGAGGAUUAGAGUGGACUUGCUGGGUUGA